CGUGUGCUGUCGGUACUCGAGAGCGAGCAGCGGCGUGUGAACGGGAAACUGACACAAACCGAUGAAACCGAGUGAAUCUGCGCGGGAAACGGAGACCGAAUAUGCCGGGCGCAAAGGAGCGAAUGAGAGAGAAGAAGAUGAAGAACCAGCCGAGGAGUGUGCAGUACAGCAGCAGAGGUCAGGGGUCACAGGUGUCUGGCUGGGUCAGAGGUCAUCAGGCGGAAGGUCACAGAUACAGUCAGGACCUGCCCAAACACAUCACAGCUUCGUUCUUCGCUGGAGCGCGCGCGGCUGAGGUCGGUGUGAUGCUGAAGGCGGUCAGUAAACCCACCGGCAGCUGUCAGGUGUUCACUGCGCUGCCCAAACACAUGCGGAGACGCGCCAUGAGCCACAACACACACCGACUGCCCCUGCGGCUGAGGGACGCCGCGCUCAGACUGGCGGAGCGCAGUCAGCGUGGCGCAGAGAAGCCUCCGCAGGCGAAGAGCCGCUGCCGCCGUGCGCGCCGCAGACACACACACCUGCUGCUGGAGUUCAACCGCAGACAGAGGAGGAGCCGCUGGCUGGAGACGCACAUCUGGCACGCCAAACGCUUCCACAUGCAGAACAGCUGGAGCUACAGACUACCACACACACCCACUGCCAAGAGCUACAGAGCCUGCUACAGGGCCAUGGACACACACACACUGCUGCAGGAUUUGUCGUAUUUCUGCUGUUUGGAGCUUCGAGGACCUGAAGAGCAGAUACUGAGAGCGCUUUCCCAACUCACCAGCAAGCAGACAGGCCCCACGUUUGCAGCGAGUGUGUGUCUGUCCGGUGCGCGUGUGGGCCGGCUCCUCCUCUACAGAGCGGGUCAGUUUCCUCACGGUGCUCUGGGUCCUGUUGAGUUCCUGUGGAGGCCCCGGGGCCCCGAGCGCACACACAGACAGCUGUGGAUCUGGAUACACCCGGCCCUCAAACAGGACGUGCUGCCGGAGCUGCAGGCGGUGUGUCAGUGCUGUCAGAGUGUGUGUGAAGACUCUUCCUCUUCUGCCACUGCUGUGGAUGCGCUGAGGAACAGGAAGAGGAAGUGCACUGCAGACGCUGCUGAACUUCCUGCUAAGCGGCUGCUAGGGGACGGGACGCGUGCGGUCGGGGAUCCUGUGCGCUGGGAGUCUGCAGACACACACAUCACUAUCAGUGACCUUACCAUGGAGCUCGUGCGCUUCCGUCUGAUUGGUCCACUGGCUCACCUGGUGCUCACAGACACGCUUCAUGCAGCCAAUGAGGAGGCGCUGAGAGGAGUGUGUGUGGACGCGGAUCUCCAUCAGCAGCAGGCGGACGCGUUCACACAGCUCAGAGGAGUGUGUUCAACAGCAGAGCUCCCAGCAGGCUGUGUGUUGGGGCUGACUGUCAGUGACCCCAGACUCACUUUACCUCAGAGACGCGGUAAAACAGUGCCGGACCUGCAGUGCAUCAGCACAGAGUCUUCUCAUGCCAGAGAUCUGACACUCAGAGGAGUUCCCGCUCACUGCAGUCAGAGUGCAUUGUGGGAUAUGUCUGUCCGGGAUCAUGUGACAAAUAGCCGAUUGUCUGAGCAGGAGUUGAAUAGCGUGCGCAGUGAUGUGCUGGUGCCGGGCUCUGCAGUGUGUGUGUCAGGUGUGUGUGCGGUGCCGCUGCUGCUCCUCCAUCAGCCGGGCCGUGUGUGUGGACAGGAGCGUCUGCGCUGGGGCUCCGGCUGGGACCUGCUGCUGCCCAAGGGCUGGGCCAUGGCCUUCUGGGUGCCUCUGGUGUAUCGCGGUGUGCGUGUCGGCGGUCUCCACAUGAGUGUUAAACACGCUCAGUUCAUGGCUCAGCCGCACUUCCCUCACGAUUACCCAGACUGCCCUGCGGGAGAGCGCUGUCAAUCAGAGCAGGAGGCGGAGCUUCUGGAGAAGUUUAAGAGGCGUCCUCCCUCCAAACGCACAAACUACGUCAAACACGGCUGUGUGGCGCCGUUCCGUUGCCCAUGGCAACAGCUGGUGGAUGAGUGGGCGGAGCUUGUGGAGCUGGACAGAGAAACACCGACUAGAGCUGCCCCUGUGGAGUUCACUGUUCUCAGGAGUGUGUCGGUGCUGCGGCAGCUGUCUGCGUGGUGUUCGUCUGCGUCUGCGCUGACCCCUGCGGCGGCUGCAGCGCUGCAUCAGGAGCACCGGGGGGCGCUGCUGUGGGUGAGGCUGCGGCUGCUGGGUAAGGGCCGGCCGGAGCUGCACGCCGCAGUGUGUGUGCCUACGACCUCUGACCUCCAGCAGCUGUCGGACGGCCAGAGCAGCGGCCCAAAGGAGCCCCAACACCCCGACCCGCAGCCGGAGAGCAAGGGGUCCCGGAGCGUGGUGUCCCACUGCAGCCGGCGCACACUGGGCUGGGUCCAGCAGGGGGAUUUCAGCCUGAGCUCCGGCCGCGGGGAGGCUCUGGCCUUCAUCAGCCUCAGCGGACUCCUGCAGAUGAUGAUCCAGCACCAGCGCAGCCUCGUUCUCCUGCGCAACCCGUCCUCACUGCAGUACCGCUACGCUCACGUCUACAUCGACAGCUGAAACACACACACACAC